UAUAACUAGAGCGCAUUCCUGCACACCUCACUGAGCUGAGAUUGAGAGAGUGGUAAAACGGUAGUGUGCCUAGUCUAUCGUGAACACAUUUCAUCGUACGACAAGGAUUUGGCGGUGGAGGACGAUUGAGUGUUGGUUGUCAGUGAGGCUUUCCGUUUCAAUCUUCAAUAGUCUCGCUUAGAUAACGGAAUUACAAGGGUCUGUUUCAAGGACUCGAGCAGCUGCGAUGUCGGAGUUUCUGGUGAAUCUUCUUGGGGAGCGGCUCGUGAACAGCGAGAAAGCCGAGGUAGAUGUGCAAUCCCUGGGCAGCAAGCUGUCUCUGGUCGGUCUCUACUUCGGUUGUAGCCUCAAUGGCCCUUGCAAGCAGUUUAACGCCAGUCUCUGUGAGUUUUACAGCAAGUUCAAAAAAUCCUCUGAGCACAAAGACAAAUUGGAAAUCGUCUUCAUCUCAUCAGACCAGGACCAGAAACAUUGGCAAGACUUUUUACAGGAGAUGCAAUGGCCAGCAUUGCCUUUCAAAGACAGACACAAAAAGAUGAGGCUGUGGAACAAGUACAAGGUGACCAGUGUUCCUUCGCUGGUGUUCGUGGACGCCACCACAGGGAAGGUGGUGUGUCGAAAUGGGCUGCUGGUCGUCCGCGAUGACCCCAAAGGUCUGGAGUUCCCCUGGGGGCCCAAGCCCUUUGCGGAGGUGGGCGGCCCGCUGCUCAGGAACAACAGACAGACGACAGAUAGCAGCUCUCUGGAGGGCCACUAUGUGGGAGUCUACUUCUCAGCACACUGGUGCCCUCCAUGUCGCAGCCUGACCCGGGUGCUUGUGGAGACGUAUCGUGCUGUGAAGGAGUCGGGUCACCAGUUUGAGAUGUGUUUCGUCAGCGCCGACAGGUCGGAGGACUCCUUCACGCAGUACUUCAGUGAGAUGCCAUGGCUGGCCGUGCCGUACUCGGACGAGGCUCGCAAGUCACGACUCAACAGGCUGUACGGAAUCCAAGGAAUUCCUACUCUGAUUCUGCUGGACACAGAGGGUCACAUGAUCACGCGACAGGGCCGUGUGGAGGUUCUCAACGACCCAGAGUGCCGUCUCUUCCCCUGGCAUCCCCGGCCGGUGCUGGAGCUCAGCGAGUCCAAUGCCGUGCAGCUCCACGAAGGGCCCUGCCUGGUGUUGUUUGUGGACGCUGAGGAGGAGGGGGAACUAGAGCCGGCCAAGGAGCUGAUUCAGCCAAUCGCAGAGAAGAUCAUGGCGAACUAUAAAGCCAAGGAGGAGGAGACGCCGCUGCUGUUCUUUGUGGCUGGAGAGGACGACAUGAGCGACUCUCUCCGUGACUACACCAACCUCCCAGAAGCCGCUCCCCUGCUCACCAUCCUGGACAUGUCCGCUCGCGCCAAGUACGUCCGCGACGUGGAGGAGAUCACACCGGUCGUGGUGGAGCAGUUUGUCGGCGACUUCUUGGCUGAGAAGCUCAAACCAGAGCCCAUUUAGAAAGGACGCCCAGAUCUGAGACUGAACCCCCCACACCUCCAUCAGACCCUAACCACCCCAGCUCCUGCCCUCCCCGUUGAGAAUCCUCAUCUCCUCCUCUCUCCCUUCUCCACCCACUCUCUUUCAGACUGUUCGAGGAAAACCCCCACUUUUUACUGUCAUUUUACCUUUUUUUAGACAUGUCCUUUUCUCAUGGAGUCUUCUCCUCUCCUGUGGUGCCUUGCAUUGACUAUAACCCCUACAGUAAUAUAUAUGUGGAGAUUAUGUUGUUUCUCUCGGCUUCUAGUCAAUUGCUUAUUUUUUCCAGUUUUGUUGUUAGCAGUUCUUGAUCAUAGAAGAAAUCAACUGGGCCCAACGGACUUGAAUAUUCAAAUGUCUCUUUAUGACCUUUGCCUUUUUCCUACAACGAGCCCUUCAUGCCUAUGCUUUUCUGAUAUGUGCUGAAAGAGAAUAAAAUGACAAAUAAAUUUAGUUAACUUUUUGCAGCAGUAACUCAAAACAAAAACGGUGCACAAUGGUAUGUUUCCAAGUAUGUCUGUACAUUGUCAGACUGUAUAAUCUUUUAUUGCAUCUGGCGUUAAUGUGUGUUGAUUAAUUGGUGUUUGAAAUCCCUUGUGUUCUUUGUCAUAAUUAGGGAUGGACAUCUCUACCCAGUUAUGUUGGUUACUAUCUCAAUGGGAAUGAUGUGUAAGAGGAUUUUCUGUGAAGGUCCCCUCUAUUGAAAAGGCCAGAUAUUUUUGAAGGCACAAAAAUGGCAUUUGUAAACUUAGUUGCUAAGUGUUAGAAGUAUGAAUUUACAUUUUCUGUUACUCCCUGGUUGUGUCUAGUCAUGAACUCUAUUCACAGCCAUUAAAAUUCACAGUCAAGCACAA